AUACUGAGGAAUACUGACCCGCCUUUCUCCUUUCCAAAAUCCUUUAUCCCCCUUCCAGCUUGACUGAUCUAUGGAGUGAUGUCAAUCUUCCACACCAAGGUGGCAGCUUCCAGCCAUCAGCCAUCACACCCUUAUUGUACAGGACUGACAGGUCCCGGUUCCUAUCCUGGCAUCCUUGAGUCCAGCUUCACUGAGAACUCACAGGACACCUUACAAAAAGAGGCCCGUGCAUGGUAUAUUCUGGGGGAAGGCCGGAGAAGUAGCCCACCACUCACAAUGAUGCUUCCUUUGCUCCUGAUUUUAUUUUCAUCUCUUCAUGGCGCCUUUUCAGUAGUGGAUACAAGCGUCUUUUUAAUAUAUAAUCAAGACCACAAGUUGUGUGUAGAAGCUCAGACAUCAAACUAUGUCACUAGUAGCCCCUGCAACUACAAGAACGUGGCACAAAAAUUCAGAUGGAUAUCUGAACAUCAGCUGAUAAGUGUUUCUUUGAAGUUAUGCCUUGGAGUGUCUACAAAGGUCAGCUGGACACCCGUGACUCUGUAUCCAUGUGACACGACCAGUGCCCUCCAGCAAUGGGAAUGCAGAAAUGAUACACUUUUUGCCAUCCAAGGAACUGAUCUAUAUUUCAACUAUGGCAACAGAAAUGAAAAAAGAAUUAUGCUGUACCAUGGCUCAGGUGCAUGGAGUCGCUGGAAGGUCUAUGGAACCAAAGACGAUCUCUGCUCCCGUGGCUAUGAAGACAUGUUUACCCUGAAAGGCAACAGUGAAGGGGCGCCGUGUGUGUUCCCCUUCCAGUACGAUGGCAACUGGUAUGCUGAGUGCACAACUGUUGGCAGGUCAGACAACUGGCGAUGGUGUGCAACCACAAGAAACUACGAUACAGACAAAAAAUAUGGCUUUUGCCCCCUGAAUUAUGAAGGAGUGCAGCAAUUGUGGGAUACAGACCCUUUGUCAAACAUACAGUACCAGGUCAACUCAAAUGCUGCUCUGACAUGGUACCAAGCUAGUAAAAGCUGUCAGCAACAAAAUGCUGAUUUGUUGGGCAUCACAGAGUUACGUGAGCAAAUGUACCUGACCGACCACCACAAAGAAAGAAGGAAGGAAGGACAGAAAGAAUAAAGGAGCUUACGGUUCUUUUAUUGCUUGAUACUACAGUUCCCAACUGCCACAGUCAAUAUGGACAAUUAUAAAGGAUUAUGGAAGCUGUGGAGCCAAAUAUUGGAGCAAUCUAGGUAGGGGAAGGCUGUUCUAACAUCAAAUUUAGCUAGUGAUCUACAUGCUGCACUGUAGAUCUGCACUCACUGGAAUAUUUCUGAAUUUUAUAAAUAAAUAUAAAUAAAUAAACCUAAUAUUGAGGUUUCUGUGUGAGUAUCAACCAAAGUAAUGCCACUACUUUCAAGGCUACAUUUCUAAAAAUACGGAUGCCCCAACUUAGCCUGCCCAUGUAUUCCCCUCUCUGACAAGAAGUGAUUUCUCUUGUGGCAAGAUUCGUAGGAACUGGUUGUAGUGAUCCUGUGUUAAGACAAAGAUAUUUUGCACGUGUUCACAGGCAAUCUUUUUUUUUUAAACAAGAACUAUUACCAAGAAUGGGUUUCGGAGGGCUAGACUUCAGUCAGCUCAGGAUUAAGCUCUGGAAUAUAUCCUACAGCAGGAAAAUAGGAUCCUAACCUAGUUAAAAAGCAGACUAGAUAGUGUAAGUUAAAAGACGUACAUGGCGGAUCAUGGACAUUUGGUGGCCCGUGUGAUGCCAUAAAGACUCCCAGCUCACAAAGGCACUCCUGCCACCACUUUCUCCUUGCCACACCACAGCCCAGGGAUGGACAAUUCUGGGCCGUCCAGAUGUUUUGCCUGUGGUGGUUAGGACCAAUGGGGACGGUAGGGCAACACAUCUGAAGUCCACAAGUGGACUGCUCUUCUGCACGCCCUCCUCCUUGCCCAGUUGCCCCUGCCGCACAGGAGGAACCGCAAACACUUUUGCAAGCGUGGGGCUCUCAGCUGGCCGAAUGUGACUUCCUUGUGUCACUAUCCUCAUGGUCAGCGUGAAGAGGACGUGUCCGGAGGUUGCGUUUGCAAUGUAUCAGGUUUCUCACCAUCUCACUGAGAGCAGGUGUGGUAUGAUAGGGUGCUGAGCUGGGAUUCUCACUCUAACCCCCACUUGGCCAUGAAGCUCACUGGGUGACUCUCAGUCCAACCUACCUCACAGGGUUGUUGUUGUGAGGAAAAACAUGGAGCUAUGUAAGCCACCUUGGGUUCCUCACAAGAAGGAAAACCGGAGCUAUAUACAUGCAAUGUCUCCCUCAUCAUCAUCACAUCACGUUUGUACCUGGCCUUUCCUCUUUCAAAGAAGCCAGGUGGUUUAUAUAGUCUUCCUCGCCAUUUUAUCCUCAUGACAACCCUGUGAGGUAGGUAAGGCUGAGAAUGAGUGACUGGUGCAAAGUCAUCCAGUGGACUUUAUGGCGAGUGGAGACUGUAACCCAGAUUUCCUUGGUCCUUGCCCAGCUCAGGAUCCACUAUGACACACGAGCUCCCAAAGGGACUUUCUGGAAGAAGUUGCUUCUCCCAUCAUAAUCUGCAGUGGCGAGAGAAGCUGACAAUUUCCCUCUAGUUUCCUGUCCCUGCUCCUGCCCCAGUCUUCUGUCACUGUUGAGUGUUCAUGAGGCGAACAACUUGCUGCAUUUUGCAUCCUUAUUCAGGGCUAACUUCCAAAUUGACAUCCGAACUCUGGUGUGGUCUUAAUAGCUUGGACUUCAACAGUGGGUGGCAAUGGACUGGUACCCAUCCUUUCAGAUACCUCAACUGGGCACCAGGUAACUGCUUAAAUUUGAUGUU